AGGCCAAGGCAAACACACCAGAGCUGGGGUGGACAAGAGAACAGCAACUGUGACCAGCAGCCCCACACCUCCCUCUGGCUGCCAUGGACAUGCCCUGGUCCCUGGGCUUGAUUCUGCUCCUGUUGGGGAUGCCGCUCACCCACGCUAAGCCGCUGUAUAUCCUGGUGACCCCCCGAGUCCUACGGGUCGGCAGCCCAGAGACCAUCCAUGUGCAGGCUCACUCGGACUCCAGCCAGCAGCUCAGUGGGACUCUUCAGGUGAACCUCACUGUGUGGGACUUCCCCAUGAAGAAGACGACGGUGGCUAGGAGCCAGCUCACUCUCUCAUCGGAAAACCACUUUAUGGAUCAGACAUCUGUGAUGAUCCCCGAGAGCCUGGUGUUCCCCACACGUCCGGGACAGCAGCAUGUCAUCAUCCAGGCAGCCUGGGCCCCCACCUCCACAUCCUCGUUCAUGGAGAAGGUGGUGCUGGUGGCUCCCCAUGCUGGCUACAUCUUCAUCCAGACAGACAAGACCAUCUACACCCCUGAGCACUUCGUUCAGUACCGGGUGUUCACUCUGAACCACGGGAUGGAUCCUGUGACCAGGACAUUCACUCUGGACAUCAAGAACCCAGAAGGGAUCACUGUGACCAGCCAGGACCUGAUAGCCAAGGAAGGUUUCUUCUCAAGCUCCUUCCACCUCCCAGAGCUCAUCAGUUUUGGGACCUGGAGCAUCGAAGCCAGUUACCACAGUGCGGCCAAACAGAAGUUCAAGGCAGCCUUUGAGGUGAAGGAGUAUGUGCUCCCAUCUUUUGACGUCCGGCUGAUCCCAAAAAAGAACUUCUUCUACCUCAGUGAUGAAGCUCUGAAUGUAGAUAUCAAGGCCUGGUAUGUAUUUAACAAGCCAGUGGACGGGCACGCUCUGGCCAUCUUCGGAGUGAAGCAGGAUUCCCGCCGGAUCUCCAUUCAGAGCUCCCUGCAGAGGGUGGAGAUCUCUAAAGGCCAAGGCCACGUCUCCCUCCAGAAGGAUGUGCUGGUGGCUGCGUUCCAAGGCCCAGAAGAGAACUUAAUAGGGGCCUCAAUCUUUGUCAACGUCACCGUGUUCUCCUCAGGGGGUGAGAUGGUCCAGGCCGAGUCCUCGGGGAUGAAGAUCGUCCGGACCCCAUACAACAUCAAUUUCAUCAAGACACCCCAGUAUUUCAAGCCGGGGAUGCCCUUCCACUUUAGGGUCUUCGUCUCAAAUCCUGACGGGUCCCCAGCCUCCGAAGUCUUCAUUCGCCAUGAAGACAAAAGAAUUCGGACCUCAGACAAGGGGGUGGCCACUGUGAUCGUCAACACAAAUGCAACUAUGAAGGAGCUCCCUAUCAAGGUGAAAACUGAUGAAGAUCUUCGGCCAGAGGAUCAGGCAGAAGCUAAGAUGAUGGCUCAGCCUUACUCAACUCAGGAUGGGUCAGGGAACUUCUUGCACAUUGACACAAAGUUGUUCGGUACAGAAGUUGGCGACAACAUCCUGCUGAACCUCAACACCAAGCAUCAGAACUCUGCAGCUGAGGAGCAGCUCACUCACUUCACCAUCCUGGUCCUGAGUAAGGGUCGGAUCGUGGCUGCCAAACAUCAGUUAAAGCAUAAGGGGAGUGUCUUCACGUCAACCACUAUCGAUGUGACUUCAGAGAUGCUGCCCUCCUUCCGCAUCCUGGCCUUUUACAUACUGCCCAGAGGAAUAGGCCAGGACCCUGAACUGGUGGCCGAUUCCAUGUGGAUUGAUGUGAAUGACAGGUGCAUGGGUAUGCUGAAGGUUGGCUUAAAUAAUGAAGAGUACUUGGAUUAUUUGGAGCCCAACAACCAGGUGGAAAUAAAGGUGACAGGUGAUGCAGAGGCCAAAGUGGGGCUAGUGGCCGUGGACAAGGCUGUCUAUGUCAUGAACAGCAAACACAACCUUACACAGAAGAAGGUCUGGGACGUGGUGGAGGAACACGACAUUGGCUGCACGGCGGGCAGUGGGAAAGACAGACUUGCUGUGUUCAAGGACGCAGGAUUGGACCUGAAGAUGAGCACGGGGAUGGACACUCUGGCGAGCACCGACUGGCAGUGCCCCCAGAGCCCCUCCCCCAGCCGCCACCGCCGCUCCCUGAAGAGCCUGGAGACCAAGAGGAAUGCAGUGAGCAAGUUCAACACGGAGCUGGAGCAGAAGUGCUGUGAGGCUGGGCUCCGGGAGAACCCGGUGGGGCUGUCCUGUGAGGAGAGGACCCGGCACGUCCGCCAUGGGCCAGCCUGUGUGGCCGCUUUCCUGAGCUGCUGCCAUCUGUCUGAGACCCUGACUCGGGAGGCCCGGGAGGAUCAGCUGCUGCUGGGGACAACGGAUGAAGACGAGGACUUUGAAGACAUCUUCCAGGAGGACCUGCCUGUCCGGACCUUGUUCCCUGAGAGCUGGCUCUGGAGGACAUUUACUCUGCCAAAGAAUGCAAGGGGGAGCACCUCCGACCACAGCGUUCGCGUGAAUAUGCCAGACUCCAUGACCACGUGGCAGUUUGUGGCCAUCAGCUACAAGGCUGGAAAAGGUCUCUGUGUCUCGAAACCCUUGGAGCUGACAGUCAGGAAGUCAUUCUUCGUGGAUCUUAAGCUGCCCUUCGCCGUGGUCAGGAAUGAGCAAGUCCAGAUCCAAGCUGUGCUGUACAAUCUCAUGAGCCGCUCGGUCAAGGUCCGUGUGGAGUUCCCCUACAAGGAGCCACUGUGCAGCGCAUCCAAGCCAGGAGCCCCACACCGCCAGGUGGUGGUCGUGCCGCCCGCUUCCUCCAAGAUGGUGCCUUUUGUGCUCCUCCCACUCGAGAUAGGCAAAGUGGAUGUGGAGGUCAAGGUCAUGGGCAAUGGGGUCCAGGAUCACGUGAGGAAGACGCUCCUGGUCAAGGCAGGGGGGAAUAUAGAAAAAAUAUCCCAUAGCAUCGUCCUGAACCCCCAAGGUCAGACCCAGAUGGAGCUGGUGCCACGACAAGACCUUUUGGACAAGAUGCCCAAUACAGAAGCAGAAGUGUUUGUCAGCGUCCAAGGUGACAUCCUUGGCGAGACCAUCCUGGGCAGCCUGACUCCCACAGAAACGUACAAGCUGCUGACUCUCCCAACUGGCUGCCCCGAGCAGACGCUGAGUCUCCUGAUGCCUGCGAUCAUCCUGACCCGCUACUUAGACGAGACGGGCCAGUGGGGCAAGGUUGGUGUGGAGCACAGGGACCAAGUGAUGAAGAACAUUGUCAGCGGAUAUACUCAGAUGCUGACCCACCGGAGCCCAGAUGGCACCUACCACAUCCACAAGGGAAAUCCAGGAAGCACCUGGCUCACCAGCUACGUGUUCCGUGUUUACGCGCUGGCCUACUCCAUCACAACCACCAGUGUGAUCGACCUGCAGUCUCUCUGUGGCAUUGCCAAGUGGGUCAUCAGCCAGAGGCAGGCAGAGGACGGGCACUUCUUGGAAAAGGGCCCAGUGAUCAUGGCGUCCAUGCAGGGUGGCUACCGAGGCUCUGAGGCCGACGUAUCCCUCACGGCUCUUGUUCUGAUUGCGCUGAAUGAAGGAAAGGUGUUGUGCCACCAUGAGAUACCGGAUUUGAUGGCCAGCAUAGAGAGAGCCCGUGGCUUUCUGGAGAGACGCCUCCCCGACAUUCAGAAGACUUUUUCCAUAGCCAUAGUCUCCUAUGCUCUGGCUCUCACCAACAGCUCCCAUGCCAAUGACCGCCUGGACAGCUUUGCCAGCCACAAUAAAAACUACUGGCUAGAAAAAGACAAAGACAGACACAAGACUUCCCUGUACACCAUUGAGGCCACCGCCUAUGCGCUGAUGCAGAAGCUGGAGCUGGGUUUGCAUAACGAGACGCAGGUCAUCGCCAAGUGGCUGCUGGAGAAUCGGGAGCCGGGAGGAGGCUUCAAGUCCACCCAGACCACAGUGGUGGCCAUCGAGGCCCUCACCCGCUUUUGCAAAGCUGUCCCCUUUGAGGAUGCCCAGGAACUCCUCGUUGAGAUUAGCGCUCCCAGGAGAUCCUUGAAGGUGAAGUGGGUUAUCAAUCAGAACAACGCUUACCAGCAGCGGUCAGCAAAGUUUUCUGCUCAAGACAACUUAGAGAUCAAAGCCAAUGGCAGAGGGAGAGGAACCAUCUCGAUUCUGACCAUGUACUACAGAUCCCCAGAGUCCGAGGAGGCCACCUGCAACCUGUAUCACCUGAACGCUACUCUUACAAGUGCCCUGGAAGAAAAUAAAAAAGAAGAAGAGACUUUCCAACUCCGGAUGGCAGCAAGGUUCCAGGGCGAUCGAGAGGCCCACAAUGACCAUCAUGGAGGUUUCCUACUCACUGCUUCUACCCCCAACCGUGACGACUCAAACAGCUCACAAGCGACGUGGAGAAUGUAUGCUUUCCAGUACGAGACCAAUACAGAUUCCAGCGACAGCACCGUGGUCCUCUACCUGGAGAAGCUCUCCCACAACGAAGAAACGGUGCUGGGCUUCCGGGUCCACAGGAUGCUGCCGGUGGAGUUCCUGCAGGCCCCCAGGUCAACCGUCUAUGACUACUAUGAGCCUUCUCGGAGGUGCCGCUCCUUCUACAACCUGCCCACAGAGCGAUCUGACCUGCGGAAGAUCUGCCACAAGGACGUCUGCAGGUGUGCCGAAGAGCUGUGUCCGACUCUGAGAAAGAACAGCAACGGGCUAAGGCAGGAGGAUCUCCAGGUGGCGGCCUGUGAGGCAGGCGUGGAUUUUGUGUACAAGGCCAAGCUGAAGGCUGUGGAGGCCUCUGCAUCCAACCCCUACGUCUACUACAACACACUCCAAGCCUCCAUCAAGAGUGGCUCGGAUGCUGUCAUGCCAAACGCCAUGAAGAAAUUUGUCAUCCACCACGCCACCUGCCUUGAUUCUCUGGACCUGCAAGAACAAGAGUCAUACCUCAUCAUGGGCCAGACAUCAGACCUGUGGAGAGUCAAAUCAGAUUACACCUACGUCCUGGGCAAGGAGACAUUCCUCAUGCAUUGGCCAGCACAAGGAGUGGAAAAGAAGGAAUUACUGGACCAGCUGGAGAGAUUUUCAGAAUACGUGAGCACCCAUGGCUGCGAGUCUUAAGACCCUGAGGCCUUUGUGGCUGUCAGGGUUUGUCUUCAAGCAGGCCCAGCCCACUGGGCUUACCCUCAGAUAAAAAGUGUGGAAUACCAUACCCAAGCUCCAGACAUCUGUUCCUGUUCCGACAUUGGGGCAGGGCCCUGCACAGCCUGCCCUGGAAUUGCCUGCACCUGCCCCCUCCCUCUCUCCUAUUCCAUUCCAAUCACAUUGGCCUCCUUUGUGUCGUUUCAAUGCCCAAGUCAACUCCUACCUCAGGACCUUUGCACUCAUGGUCCCCUCUGCCAGGUACCCCUGUCCUCCAGAUAUCUGUGUAACGAACCCUUCCCUUAUUUUGAGGAGGUGUUUAAACGUCACCUCCUCAAAGGUAAUUGAUUUAAUCAUAUAUCUAAAAUAUACCCCCUCCCAUCACUUCCCAUCUCUCUCUUUCCUUACUCUGUUUUAUUUCCUCAAUCACACUUAUAUUGUAUAUGAUAUCUA